AUGACUUCGAAUCGCUGCGCACCUCAAUUCCUCAAGCCUCUAUCUGGAACGAUGGAGAUCACUGAGGGCGAAGAGCUCGUACUAGACGUCACAGUGCACGGAAAACCUGCUCCAGAAGUCGAGUGGACUCUAAAUGGCGAUGAAAUUAAAGUCUGCCGCCCCUUGGUCAAUGAUAAACAUCAUCGGCUGGUCAUCCCCGCAGUGUCCAAACAACACACAGGAGAGUACCGCGCUUCUGUUCAAAAUUCCUCCGGACGCGUCAGUUCUGCGCUUUGGCUCGCCGUUGUGCCUAAAAAAACCCGACGCUCAGCAUAUGUCGCUAAUAGAAGUGGCUCAAUGAAUGCGAACAAUUCGAACUCGAUCUAUUUCUCUAAUCCACUCGCUACUUCAUCAAUGAGAGAGGAACGGUCGUAUGGGAGCUUAGGAAGAGCCGGAUCCGUUGAGAGCCUGACAGGGGCGCGAAGAGCGCCAGGUUUUCUCAGCAGACCGAAGCCGUCUGUUAUCCGCCCGGGUGAAGAGAUAACUCUCAAAGCGAGUCUCCUUGGCCAGCCUUCGCCGAGAGUCACUUGGGAGAAGAAUGGACGGCUUGUGGCAGAAGAUGAGAGAACAACGAUAUCAUCUGAGGGAAAGCAGCAUGUUUUGAGCAUCGUACGAGCGUGUCAUUCUGAUAGUGGAACUUACAAAAUCACUGCGAGAAAUCCACUUGGGCGGCAACACGCGAGUGCGACUAUUCGUGUAAGUGAGACUGCUGAAUCGAUUUCAAAAACGCACUCGACAUCAACAGAGGAAGAUCGGGUUUCUUCAUCUCAAGGAUCGUCCCAAAAUCGAAGCUACGCGGUCCUUGGUCGAAGCCCGAAUCUACAAAUGAACACUGCCCCUCCAGAGCGAUCGACCUAUUUGUCCAUGGAUAAAACUUAUGAGAAUACCGAUACGUAUACGGUCGCGCGAGAUUAUGACUUGGAAUCGACUGGCUCGAACAAGUCCAUUCAAAGUAUUCGCAGUUCUCUGAAGGCGCUGUCAGUCACAAGUCGCUCAGAUCAUUCGGACACGCAGCGCUCGAUCCCGUCCAUUCCUUACUCGAGCCACACUUCAACAAUUGCUCCCCCUUGCGUGACAGAGCCGCUAGAAACAGUCAUAUCCGAGGUUGGCUCGUAUGUCACGAUAGAAGCGACAGUGAUUGGGGGUGUAGGUGAGCCAGUUUGGCGCUUCAAUGGAUCAUCUGAGCUUCCAAAUGGCAUAUUUCAUCGGCGAUUUGGCGACAAAUACAGAUUGCGAGUGCGUGGAAUCCACGAAGAUCUUUUUGGAGAGUACUCGCUGACAGUGACGAAUGCUGGCGGCUCUGAAACAGUUUCCUGCUUCAUCCAUAACAAAAACAUUCCCGUGGAUCAGGGAAUUCAGACAGCAGCAGAUACUCCUGUUAACUUCAAAAAAACCUUGUCCGAUGCGACUUACGUCGAAGGCGACUCCCUCAAAUUAAGCGCUGAGUUAGAAGGAUAUUCGGAGCCAAUCGUGAGAUGGUUCUUCGAGGAUGAGCGUUUUGAGACCUCAGAAGAAAAUGACAUCCAUUUGGUUCAAAAUGGGUCGAUCUACGAGCUGCAUGUGAAAAACUUACUCGUCGACGAUUCUGGAACCUACACGAUUGUUGCCCAGCAUCCGAUAACAUCAGCCACUAUUGAGAGUCAAUGUGAAGUCACCGUCCGCCAGGCGCCUCCUUCUCUUAUUCAUGUUCCUGCAGAAAUUCGAGUUCGCGCUGGCCACGGAUUCAGUUUAGAGGUCGAGGCAACCUGUACGAGAGUAACUUGGAGCUUUGACGAUCAAGUUGCAGAAAUGAUAGCGCCAAAUCGUUUCAUGUUCUCUGUUGACAACUGUACUCAAGGUGGAAGGAUCACAAUCAUUGCGGAAAAUGAAACUGGUGUGGAUGAAGGCACUACCAAUUUAAUCGUCGUUGAUCCGCCAGUUAAUCCGCCGCGAAUAAUCCAAGAUCUUCCUUCUGAGGCAGAGGCAAAGCUUGGCGAGCCAAUCAUGCUUACGAUUAAGUACACUGGCCUUGCGACGAGUAUAACCUGGAUGCUAAAUGAUGCGCCACUACCCGUAUUCAUUGAUGUUUAUUCAAGAACUUUGGCAGAAGGGGGUUACUCACAGAUAUCGAUUGAGAAGAUGGCCUUAGAGUGCGAAGGAUUACUGACAUGUUUGAUUGCGAACAAGUCUCAUACUAAAGUUUCUAAAUGCAACAUUCGAUACACGAGGGUCGCUCCUGAUUUCACAUCCACGCCUGUUGAACAGAUAUCCGUCAACGAGGGCAGUCCACUUGUUCUCGGUUGCGAAUUCACUGGUGUGCCAGUUCCAACUGUUACGUGGAUGAAGAAUAAAGAGCCUGUGACAAAUGCGCUCUUUACGGAGAACGAGUCAGUGUCAAAGCUUGAGAUUGCGUCGACAACUGAAGAUGAUGAAGGCCAAUACCAUCUCAUAGUUCAAAACGAAGCUGGACUCGCAUCAUACACUGUCAACGUCAAGGUCAAUCAAAAAAUACCAGAGCCACCGCGCGAAGAAACUGAACCAGCAGCCAUUAUCGAACAUCUCAAGGAUAAGACAUUUAUCGAGCAAGACGAUAUUGUGCUGCGAUGUCGAGUGACUGGAAAACCGACACCGACAAUAUGCUGGUAUUUUCUCGAGGAAUUGAUUUGGGAAGGACCGCCAGAUGACGAAGGACUUACGGAACUCGUUCUCAAGGAUUGCUGGGCAGAGGAUAUGGGCAAAUACUCAGUAAAAGCGACAAAUUCUACUGGAUCAGUCUCUUCAUCAUGCUACGUAAAGGUACAUCUCCGAAUCCGGCCGAUGCAUGAGCAACAAGUCGCUGUUGAACCGAUGGAAACGAUCGUCGAAGUCUCUGAGCAUUCACGCACGACUUCAGCUGAUUCUCAUCGUACCGAACAGAAUGAGUCUGAGUGGGAUGAAAACCCGAAUAUUACCUUGACGAUGGCUAAUUUCGAAGAGAAGCAAUCCGAGGCAGAAGCUGAGUCGGGCAACAGCGAUGUUUUUAUCCGACGAGAAGUGACAGCAACUGAAUAUUUCACGGCCGUUGAUAAAUCUGAUGCUGAAAAUCGAACGUUCACCGUCGAAAAUUUGAAAUUUGACAAAUUAAGGGUUAGUUCUCAAGAGAAUUCUUCCUUCGUUGAUAACAGCGUGCUGCCUGCUCAAAACGAGACAUAUACGGUCGACAAAUUUUCACUCUCGGCAGUUCGUGAACAAAGUGCCCCAGAAUUCGUCCAAGCCUCCGAUGACGCUGCGAAAGAUGGGAAACCGUUUGGAUGGACCUUUGAAAUCAGUAACUGUGAUCAGCUUUCGAUUCAGAGGAUAAAUGACGAUGAAGCGAUCGAUUUGGAAAUCGACGGUUCUGACUUUAUUCUCGAGCGAGUUGAAAACACUUUCAAAUUCAGCAUUCGUGAAGUGUUUCCUGAUGAUGCAGGACUAUACCAGCUGGUGGCGUCCAAUGAAUUCGCUUCUUCCUCGAAGACGUUAAAUUUGUCAGUCGAGAAAGAUGGGUCGGAGCCUAAAAUUGUUAAAAGACCUUCUUCCGCAGAGGUUCACGAAAACGACCUUCUCACAUUGUCAGCACUAACAGUAGGAGAUCCUAUGCCAGAUGUCUGCUGGAAAUUGAAUGAUCGCACUUUUACUGAAGGACGGACGGAUGGAGUCACAGUGACCGUCAACUAUGAGGAUGAUCAAGUUUGCUCAACCUUGAAAAUUCUCAAAUUUGACAAAUCACUUGCAGGAAAAGCGCUCUUUGUAGCUCAAAAUGUUCAUGCUGAGGUUCAAGCGCCGUUUUAUCUCACUCUCAUUCGUCCAGACUCAGCCCCGAAGUCUUCUUCUGAUGAUACAGGCGUCAACCAGUUUGACUUCCGAUCCCAGCUCAAAUCCAGGGUCGAAACAAGAUCAGUAACUGCUGACGACCUUCGAUCUCAUGAAGUCGAGCAAGUUGAUUUCCGCUCCAAUCUCAAGAAGUCGAAAACAGCUGAAAACCUUGCUGACAUGGAGGACGAAGAGCCUGAGAGUCUUGAUGAGCUCCACAAAGCUCUAGCGAAGCGUCUUGCAAAACAGCAGAACAAUCCAUCGACAAGCUCUGAGUCAGACGGAGAUCAACGAGGACCAUACGCUGAGAAUUCCGCUGCUUCGUCGUCUUCGAAAGCUUCCACGGUCCAGCAAGUCAUUGCUCAUUCUGAAGAGCCCGUACAUUCCCAGCCCCUGGAAACCUCUGACGCUAAUGUAGAGCGAGUGGAUGACGCAGAUGUCCGUCAAGGUCCCUUCCCGCGAUUUCUGAAACCUCUAACUCAUAGGGAAUUUGCUCUUGGACAGCCUUUUGAGCUGUCUGUUGAAGUCAUUCAUGCGGAUGAGGUCAUUUGGACACUUGAAGAUCAAGUUAUUGAGGCAGAGCCUGAAGAGGGGCUUCAUGUUCUUACGGAAGCUGGAACUUCUUUUCCAGCUUAUCCAGAAGGAAAGACACACAUUCUACGCGUCGCAAGUUCGAUGAUGGAAGACACAGGCACAUACGAAGUUUUCCUCAAGAACGCCUCGGGAACGUCGAGCUCAGCUGCAUCUAUAAGCAUUUAUGCCCCAAAAGACAACGAAGCCACAUAA